UUGCCAUAGACAAAAGGGUGAAAAUCUAAAAAAUAUAUUGAAUAAAAGUGGAAGAUACCCGACGAUGCGCCUUUUAUAGCACAUGAACAAUUCAUAGGCCACUUGUAGUCGAACUUCUUAGAGCGAGAACGUUGUCGCGCCGUGAACGUCACUACGGCCGACGAUUUCGAAACCUGUGAUCGAGAAAUCAAGGGCACCAGCAUGUCAUCAAGAUUCGGCACGUCCUCCCUUCACCAGCGCGACUCCCGCAGCGCCCUUUUCGAAGGCUACACCGGCGACAAUAGCACCACUCGGCGGCCCGUGAGCUCGAGCCCUAGCACAUUAGGUGGCUACGGUUAUGGGUAUGCUGCCUCUGGAGGAGCCGGAACAGCUGGGUCUCCCGGACUAGGGAUCUCGGGCGGGUUCAGGUCGGCAACACCUAACAAAAAAGGCCAGUACAGCGAUGCCGUUCUAAACGAGCUCGAGAGCCAAAAUGAUGCGCAUGUGGAAGGCAUAAUGGGGAAGGUCAAGAUCCUGAAGGAUAUGACAAUUUCUAUCGGGGACGAGAUUCGCGAAUCAUCCGCCCUUGCCGACAAGAUGAACGAUACAUUCGACUCGACCCGUCUCCGACUUCGCGGUACCAUGAACCGUAUGCUCGUCAUGGCUGAGCGCACUGGAGUCAGCUGGAAAGUCUGGCUGGCCUUCUUCGUCGCCAUUUGGAUAUUAUUCGUCUACGUCUGGCUUUUCUAGUGGCCCGAGUAUAUACUGAGGGGGGAUGCCUAUGCCCCCAACCCCCCGCUGCUUCCCAUUCUUCGCCCUUCGAAGCACCACGACUAUUUCACCCCUUUUUUUUUUUUUCGAGAUACGACCAUCCUUUCCGCAGACUCGCGAUGCAGAA